AUGAUCGUGUUCUGCGUUACACUGCUUCUCCUUCAUCAAGGAUAUGCUCUGGUUCCAGUGACCACAGUUCAACUUGGUGAAUCUGUGACCUUCACAUGUGUUCUGCCUUUAGAUGAGCUGAGCAGUGAACGUCUUUACUGGUACAAGCAGAGUGUCGGAGAUGAUCUGAAAUUAAUUGCGGAACUAAUGAAACAUUCAAACCCUGUGUUCGAACCAGAGUUUUCUGGCUCUAGAUUGAAUCCAAAGGUUGAGAAGAAUAUUAGUAAUCUGACCAUUUUGAGAACAACUGAAGAAGACGAGGGAAUGUAUCACUGUGCAGUCAUAGACUGGACUGAGAAUUUUUGGAGUGGAACCUAUUUGUCAUUAAAAGAGCGAAGAAUGAGUCCUGAGUUAAUUGCUCUGGUGAUGGCAAUAAUCUGCUUGGUCAUUUCUCUGAUUGGAAAUAUUGUUUUCAUCUGUCGCCGAACUUCAAGAUCAAUAUGUGAACAAUGUAAAGGAAUAGAAGGCAUACCUUCACAAGCAAGAAAUGACAACUCGAGCCAACCAGUACAUGAUGUUAUGGAAGGUGGAGAUGAUCUGAACUAUGCUGCUUUGCAUGUAACUGAACGGAAAGCUGCAAGAGGACGUACGAAGAAACAAUUGAAGACUGAAGAAAGUGUGUAUUCUCAAGUUAGAUUCUGAAUGUGAAAGUGUGUCCAUGAAAUCACGUGUAUAGUUGGUUUACAGUACUGGCUGAUUGACAGUGUACAUAAAUAACGUUGUGGCUUCCCUUCAAACUAUAAUGUGAAUGAAGUGUUUCAUGAUUAAAGCCACAAUCAUCCUGCAGCACAUGCUCUUUGUAUUUUCAUGCUUGUAUAUCGAUCAUUGCAUUAUAUUAUGUGUUUGUGUUUACUUGCCCUCGCAGACUUAAGUCAAGAAAUAAUACACACAAA